AUGUCCUCCAACGAAAAGGAGGCUGCGGCCCCUGCCACUGCCCACGUCGGCGACCUCGCGGUAACCCAGGACGUCGAGCGGAUCGAGGCUCCCGUCACCUGGAAGGCCUACCUGAUCUGUGCCUUCGCGUCGUUUGGUGGUAUCUUCUUCGGUUAUGACUCGGGUUACAUCAACGGUGUGCUCGGGUCCCAGAUCUUUAUCGACGCUGUCGAGCAUGUCGGCGCGAAGGAGGUUGGCGAGUCCAACACCUCGCUGAUUGUCUCCAUCCUGUCCUGCGGUACCUUCUUCGGCGCUCUCAUCGCCGGUGACUUGGCCGACUUUAUCGGCCGCAAGUGGACUGUUAUCUUUGGCUGCCUCAUCUACAUCAUCGGUGUCGUCGUCCAGAUGAUCACGGGCCUCGGUGACGAGCUUGGUGCCAUUGUUGCCGGCCGUCUCAUUGCCGGUAUCGGUGUCGGCUUCGAGUCCGCCAUCGUCAUUCUGUACAUGUCCGAGAUUUGCCCUCGCAAGGUCCGUGGCGCCUUGGUUGCUGGCUACCAAUUCUGCAUCACCAUCGGUAUCAUGCUUGCGUCCUGCGUCGUCUACGCCACCGAGGGUCGCCCCGACACCGGUUCGUACCGCAUCCCGAUCGCCAUCCAGUUCGCGUGGGCCAUCAUCCUCGCUGGUGGUCUGAUGUGCCUGCCCGACUCGCCCCGUUACUUCGUCAAGAAGGGCAAGCUCACCGAGGCUACCGACGCCCUCUCCCGCCUGCGCGGCCAGCCCAAGGAUUCCGAGUACAUCCAGGUCGAACUCUCCGAGAUCGUUGCCAACGAGGAGUAUGAGCGGCAGCUCAUUCCCUCCACCACCUGGUUCGGCAGCUGGGCCAACUGCUUCAAGGGCUCCGUCUUCAAGGCCAACUCGAACCUGCGCAAGACCAUCCUCGGCACUUCCCUGCAGAUGAUGCAGCAAUGGACUGGUGUCAACUUCAUCUUCUACUACUCGACUCCCUUCCUCAAGUCCACCGGCGCCAUCGCCGACACCUUCUUGAUCUCCAUGGUCUUUACCAUCAUCAACGUGUGCUCGACACCCAUUUCCUUCUGGACCGUCGAGAGGUUCGGCCGCCGCACCAUCCUUUUCUGGGGUGCCCUGGGUAUGCUUAUCUGCCAGUUCCUCGUCGCCAUCAUCGGUGUUACCGUCGGUUUCAACUUCACCCACCUCACCAACCCCAAUGACCCCGAGUCCAGCAUGGCCGACAACAUCUCCGCGGUCAAUGCGCAGAUCGCCUUCAUUGCGAUCUUCAUUUUCUUCUUCGCCUCCACCUGGGGUCCUGGUGCGUGGAUCGUGAUUGGUGAGAUUUUCCCGCUGCCGAUCCGCUCGCGUGGCGUCGGUCUCUCGACUGCCUCCAACUGGCUCUGGAACACCAUCAUCGCCGUCAUCACCCCCUACAUGGUCGGCGAGACCCGCGGCAACAUGAAGUCGUCCGUCUUCUUCGUCUGGGGCGGCCUCUGCACGUGCGCCUUCGUCUACACCUACUUCCUCGUGCCCGAGACCAAGGGUCUGUCGCUCGAGCAGGUCGACAAGAUGAUGGAGGAGACCACCCCCCGCACCUCGGCCAAGUGGAAGCCCACCUCGACCUUUGCCGGCCGCCAGGCCUCCGACGACGCCUUCCUCAAGCAGCACGGUGACACCAGCGUCUAA